GUUUACUGCAGUGUUUGUGAGGCAGAGCAGUGAGAUGGCUUUAUUCCUCUUGCUUAUACUGACCUCUCUGUGUACUGUGGGCCAGACGGCCCUCACUAUCAGUGACUGUCUGCACGAGGCCCGGCGCCCAGCAUAUACUGAUAUCUCGGUGAAGUGUGGUACAACAUACAUUGAACUGGCUAUUCAGAUCUGUCCUGUCAUUUACACUGGCUACAAUGCAAGCUUACUGAUACUGAACCAUAUAAAGGAUGAUGUGGCCUGCCAGAGCACAGUGGACACCACAGUGUUCCCCCCGGUGGCCAAAUUCAGGUUUCCCAUCAAAGAGGGAAAUGCCUGUGGCAGCAACUUUAGGACCACCAGCGCCCUAGGGACUGGAGCCUUCUCAGACUUUUCCCAGGUCCAAACUGUUAACAUCAGUGGGAUCAUUCGCUCUUAUGAUCCCACCAUUGGGACCAUCACUUACAAUGCAGAGCUCAAGUAUUACUACUCUUGUGCUUACCCACUGGAGUACCUCGUCAACAACACCCGUGUGGAUGUGUCAUCGUUAUCCAUCGCUAUCAAGGACAAAAAUGGGAGUUUUGUCAGUACACUCAGCAUGGGCCUGUACAAGGACUUAAAAUAUACCACCCCUCUCAUCAUUCCAGCCAUGGGUGUCGAGCUGAGAACAGACAUCUAUGUGCAAGUGAUAGCCACCAAUCUGACAGCGCAAUACUUUGUGCUCCUGGAUCGCUGUUAUGCCUCAGUGUCUCCUCAGCCCACUAAUUCCACCUUCUUCAACCUCUUUGUCUCAUGCUCCACAGAUCCUCUGACCACAAUGUUGGAGAACGGUGACAGCCAAAAGGCACGCUUUUCCUUCAAGGCUUUUCGCUUCAUUGAGCAGCAGAAUGAGACCGUCUCCACCUACUAUCUCCACUGCAUCACCCGCCUGUGUGAACGUUCUGCAUGCAGCGUCUUCAAGCAAUGCAACAACAGGAGGAGGAGGGAUGCCACCAGUGCUCUCCAAGACGGCAUCAGUCAGCAGUCUCUACUCACAGUGGCUAUCAAGGCUAAAUCGGGUGAUUAUAAUCCAUCUUUUGAAGGAAAGACCAGAGACGAGCAACAAAACCAUAGUGCAGCUGUGAGUUUGGGGGUGGCUGUUGCAGUUCUUAUUGUCCUCGGUGUGGCAGCCACGUUACUAGCGAUAUCCUUGUACCGGAAACAACGGCAGCUGAGUUAG